CCAGAAGCCAAGGCUCCUAGUCCUUCUAUCAGUAGGCAAGUCAGCAUUGAAACGGAUAGAGUAUCCAAGGACUUCAUUGAGUUUCUCAAGCCCUACAAUAAGCCUGGCCAGGAGAUCUACAAACAGUGCAAACUGUUUCUGGACACGAUGCAUCGCAAGCGGGAGCUGAGUAUUGAGGAACAGUCUGAAUAUGCUCAGAGCCUCUAUCAGAAUGUGGCAGAUAAACUACAAACUCGCUGGAAAGUGCCUCCUGAAAAAGUGGAAAAAGUGAUGGAUCAGGUGGAGAAAUACAUAAUGACCCGCUUGUAUAAAUACGUUUUCUGCCCAGAAACCACAGAGGAUGAGAAGAAAGAUCUUGCUAUCCAGAGAAGAAUCAGAGCUUUGCACUGGGUUACUCCACAAAUGCUUUGUGUUCCUGUCAAUGAAGAAAUCCCUGAAGUCUCAGAUGUAGUUGUGAAAGCUAUCACAGACAUCAUUGAAAUGGACUCGAAGCGUGUCCCCCGGGACAAGUUGGCCUGCAUCACUAGCUGCAGCAAGCACAUCUUUAACGCAAUCAGAACCACAAAGGCUGAGCCAGCUUCAGCUGAUGACUUCUUGCCCACGCUCAUCUACAUUGUUCUGAAGGGCAACCCACCCCGCCUGCAGUCCAACAUUCAGUACAUUACUCGGUUCUGCAACCCCAGCAGGCUGAUGACUGGGGAGGAUGGCUAUUACUUUACAAACCUGUGUUGUGCUGUCGCCUUCAUAGAGAAGUUGGAUGCUCAGUCCCUAAACCUGAGCCAGGAAGACUUUGACCGCUAUAUGUCUGGCCAGACCUCUCCAAAGAAACAAGAACCUGAGAAUUGGCCAGCCAACGUAUGUGUGGGGAUGCGCCAAAUGUACAGGAACCUUGACCUCCUCUCACAACUUAAUGAGAGGCAGGAGAGGAUUGUGAGUGAGGCCAAAAAGCUUGAGAGGGACCUUAUUGAUUGGACUGAUGGGAUCACCAAGGAAGUCCAGGAGAUUGUGGAGAAGUAUCCCUUGGAAAUUAAAGCCCCAAACCCAGCCUUGGCAGCCAUUGACUCUGAAAAUGUUGAAAAUGACAAACUACCCCCUCCGCUACAACCUCAGGUUUAUGCUGGAUGAGCGUGGCUUCAGGACUCAGAUAUUCCUUCUGUCUGCUUUUUUCUGCUUGGCAGAUGAGCUAAGGAAAAAAAAUCAAACAAAUUUAAAAUUGGCACAUUUUAAAGGUACUCUUUGUUGGUAGAUGUGCUCCAUGAUAUUUAUUUUAGUCAGAGUUGGUUACUAUGAGGGCUGAAUUUCUGUGUUCCUGAAAUGAAUUUUCUUUUCUUUUUUUAUGAAAAUUCAAUAUAAUUUUUAAGGAACGUUUUGGGGAUUGUUUUCUUCCAAGCAUGCACAUGUUUUAAAAUCAACCGGUGGAUGGUUGUGCUGUCCUCACUCCAUAAAUAUAGUUGCUUAUCACACUUUGCCAAGAAUGCUGUGUUUGAGAAAGAAGUGUAAAGGGUUCUUAAUCUCUGUUUCAAGAAAGAGAUAUGUUGUAAAGUAAAUAUUUAAGAUUGUAAAUAGGUUUGAAAUGUUGAGCAAUGUCUUAAUAGCAAUGACAUUUAGCAAGGAAUGGAAACUGGUUUUUUUCUUCACUCUUAAGUUUUCUGCUUAUAAUUUUGAUCUAGAAUUGAGGAUAGGAGACACCAAGGAAACACUAAAUUGUAGUAAAUAAUACAAUUGGACUCAAUUCUAACACGACUAAAGUAAUUUCCUAAUAUUUAUAAUUUCUUAUCUGAAUUUUGAGUCUGGUAUAGCCCUUGUUUUAGCUGUGCUGGUCUCUAGCAACUGCAUAGUUAGACCUAUUUGAAGAGCAGAGCAGAAUUGAUGGUAGCUGUAGGUGUGUGUGUGAAAUGCUGGAGCCAGUUUGAACAGUUGUAAAAAUCACACGAUAUAGGGAAGACUCUGGGCUCUAAAAAGUGCUUUAGUGUUUUUUAAAACUUCAUUUGCUUCAUAGUGCUUGUGCAUAGCCUUCAAAGAAUUGGCUAGUGUGGCAUGAGGCUACGGUGUGCUGGAAAAAUUAAAGAAUGAGGUGUAGAAAAGAAAGUUUAUGAUUGCUUUCCCUGAAUCACAUUUCAACUGUAUUUUUAAAUGGACUGGUCCACUCAGUUAUAGAUUGUCAGAAAACAGAUUUAUGGACAAUCCUACAGGCAGUAAGCUUGUUUAUGUUAAUUUUGUGGAUUACAUCCAUUUUUUAUGUGAAUUUGAACAGAGUAGGAAUGAGGAAUCGAUAGCCCUCCAUAUAUUGCUGAACUACAGCUCCCAGGAUUUGUCUUCAUUGCUAUGAUGGCUGGAAUAGCUGACUACUUCAAGAGGUCCAUCGCUUUCCCAAUUCUUUCAAAGCUGUUCUGAAGAUUAAGCCCAUUGUGAUAUCUCUAGAGUCCUUCUCUCCCUCCAGUAACUCAUCCGAAGGGUACACAUCACUGUGAGUGACUGCCUUUUAUUCCCCUCCAGCCUUUUCAGUGUUUUUACUAGUGUGAUGAUCCAGCCAGUCAAAAUCUUCUCUCUUUGGCCAAAGAUCUGUCAGUCUGUGUGGAUGCAAGAAUUUGCCAGACUGAAUGAACUAGCCCAGCUUUCCCUAAUGUGUCAGGUUGCUGUUAUCCUGAGGAAGAUAUACAUGUUGGAAUGAUGGAGUUGUAGUCCAGGAGAUACAGAGGGCACCAGGUUCAGGAAGACUGGAUUAGUCUGUGGGUGAUACUUUUUCUGUUGCUUACUUUAACUUGACAGAGCUAGGAUUCUUUGAAAGACCAGGUUGGGUUGUGUGAAACUAUAUUAAGCAUUUUCCUGAAUGACAUAGUUUAAAUGCAGCUCCCUCCAAUUGUUAAAGUCAUCUUAAAUAUCUGAGACUUUUGUGUGUGUGUAAGAUCUUGGAUAUCCUGAUUAUCAUUAAGUCUCACAUAAGCUUCACAGUUCAAGGGAAAGAUGAUCUGGCCUAUUGCUCUAUUAUAUAGAAAAAGAAAAAAAAACUCUUUACAGUGUUACCUGUUUUUAUAUUACAGUAGAACACGUUUAAAAUACCAACUCUUUUUCUUAAACUCUUCUCAACUCUCUGAGUCUUAUUUGUACUUCUGGCAAACAUGGGUUUGAAAAAAUUAACUUACUUUGGAGUUGAUUCCUAACCAUUCCAUUUCAAACUGUAUUUCUGGGCAACAUCUGAAUGAGCCAUCUUUCUACCAUUUUAACUAUACAGUUAUUUAUCUGUUUUUGGAAUAAGGUCAGGCCAAGACUGUGACCUGUUCUGUGUCCACCUGCUUUAAAAAGCAUAUUGAUUUUCAACUUUUUGAGCUAUAAUGUCUGAGUUUCUUGAAAGGUUAAAUAUUUAUGUUCUUUCCCUUUCCUCAAACUUGUGGAAGUGAAGUAAACAAGCUGUUCCUUUGGCUGCAGAAAGUCCAUGUUGAUCAGAUUCUGUUUUUAGAAACUUCAGUUUUCAGAGCUUUGUUUCUUGGCCUCUUUGUUUGACACUCUAGGUGCUAAUUCUGGUUUCCAGGUAUAUAUUUCACUCCCAAAAGGCAUUAUUAUAGCUACUGCUGUUAAAUUGCUGUCAACAGAAAUAAACCAUGUACAACAUGA